AGGUAAGAAAAAAAGAAAUGAUUUACUUUCUUGGACUGCAAAUGGAACGAGUUGUCACUCUGACACUUUCUAUUUUCCUCGAAUGACAACCAUUCAUCUGAAGCGGUCUCAUAUAUCUAGCUCUGAUGUUGCCAUUUUGCCUUUGUACUCCAGUCAUCAAUGGUUGGUUGACUUCACUGUUUGUGCCCUAUGUGUAUAUAUAAUUAAUGAGAUUGCCUACAAUUUUAUCAUUCCAUGGUAUGAAGUUUACUACCGAAACCAAACUACAUUACCUGAUGUUAGCACAAAACAACACUUUUCCUAUCCUGCUUCUCUUGAUGUACGUAUCAAUCUGAGUCUUGUUUGGAUAACAUUAAGCCUUUGGUUCACUCUUCGUGUGCUCAUCUCCUUAACCGCAAUAUACUUUCGAUCAAAAGACUGUGACACAAAGACCGAAUCUCGAUCUCCCAAACCCACUACAAAUGGUACAUCUACAAACAUGUAUUCAGGUGAAUGUAUACUCAUCCUUGCUGCUGCAUUUUUCUUUCUUGUUGUUGCAACUCUGUUUCUUUCCUUGGAUGGAACAUUUGUGGAUUUCGGUCUUCAAGCUGCAUAUGAAAACCUGACUAUUAGCAAUGCUUCAUCGUCAGGUAUACCACUCAUUAGUUGGGGUGCAUUCCAUUUCAUCCUUGCCGUACUGGCUUGUAUAAUUGGUGCACUAUUUGUUUAUCCUGGAAUAAAAUUUGGGAAGAUUUACUUAGAUACUGUUACACAAUCUUCAGCACCAGUAAUCAAAAGGUUUCUACUGCAUAUAAAUUUUAUAUGUCCAGUAAUUCCUAUUCUACUUUGGCUAAUUCCAAUCACUGAUCAUAUUUCUCACUCAUUAAUCAUGCUUACACAUAGUAAUUCAGUAACUGGGCAGCCUUUUCUCUUGAUGGUUGUCAACUUGUUGUCUAAUUUGUUCGUCAAACACCUAGAUAGUAUUCGAUUACUUGUAUCCAUGAUAGUUGUACUUCUCCGUCUUGCCACUACUCGCUGGAUAAUACAGGCCUAUCUGAAUUCUGCACAGGAGAAGUUAGAUAGAUUUAGUCGUGAACCAGGGCGAACUUCGAACAAAGAAGUACAGCGAUUGGUUGCCAGCAUUUUUUAUUGUCUGAAUCUAGUCUCACUUCAAUACAUUGCACCAUGUUUUCUCUCCUUAUGUCUUUUAUGUCUAUAUAAAAAUCUAGCUGGUCUCUCAUGGUUACCGUGUCAUCAUCAUCAUCAUCAUCAUCGUUAUUCUUCCCUACCUGAUACGUCAUAUGCGAUGAAUCCUGUAUAUGAAAUACACAAUUUAACUAACCUUUUGUCAAUGGAUUUUUUAACCGAUCAACGCAAUUUGACCUCUUGGUCAACUGCAUUUAUGCUGGCUAGAUCUAUUAUCAGUCAAACUAUGGAUAAUUUCAUUGUUCGUGGAAUGAUUAUUUCACGGGGAGUAUUCGGAUUUCUGGUAUGGUGGACAUUAGUCAGUUGGCAGUCUAUGAGUUUCCUAGGAUUAGCCUACCAUCGGUUCGCAAAUGAUUGAUAAAACUUACUCGAGUAACUUCAGCCUUUCGCUUCUUGUGUAACUGUAAUAUUUCUUCUUAAUUUAGAAUCUAUUUAACUAAAUAAUAUUAGAACUUUUUUACAAAAUAGUUGUUUGUUUUAUUAUUACGACGUCAGUUCCUUAUUUUGGGGUUUUGUUUUGAUGCAAUCUCUACAUCCCUGUAUGCCUUUCUGUCUUUAGUUAAUUUAUAAUGUCCUUUAGGUUGCAUGACUUACUUUUUUCAUCUUUUUCUUAGAUGAAAAUGUGUAGUCGUAGUAUACAAUGAAUAGAAUAUCAUUAUCCAUUUUAUGCAAGAAUUAUAAGCUAG